ACUCUAGAUAAAGGCUAGUGAUAUAGUAAUAUUGUAAUAUUUUGAAAACUACAUUUGUGAUGUGUAGUGUGGGCAAUUAAAUUAAUGCCAAUAUGUACAGUGUUUGAAAUUUUUUGGUGAGCAGAAGUGAUGUGCGGUCAUGUACACUGCAUAUACAAAAAAUUUAAUAUAAUAUUAUGCAAGUAAUGCAUAAUUUUAUUAUUUGGUGUUAAGUUGCGCUACUAUUGAUAUUAAAAAUCACUUAAUGCUAAAAGCAAAGUGCAUAUUGAAAAAAAGUGAUAUUGUGUGACAAGAAGAGAUGACAAUUUUCUGAAUGUGUUCACUAUAAAUAUAUAUAAAUCAUUUCUUUUACUCUAAACACACACAGCUUACUGUUGAUAUGACCUCUUAAGUGACCGUGCGGUGUGCCACGUAUAAUUCUACAGUGUAGUAAAACACACUGCCAGAUGCAGGACAGUGCGUGUGUGUUUGUGUGUACAUUGGAUAUCGAGUUUCCACUUUGCGAGGAUUGAAUGAAAUACAACAUCCUUGCUGGCUUUGAAUAUACCACUCAGAAGAGUAAAAACAGAGGUCCUAUGUCAUCCUUUGGCCCACAAAACUCUGUGCCAGGGGUGCGUGAAUCUAAGUCUUGGUGAAACAAACCAUCCCUGUUUAUUCCCAUUAUGAACGCAAUUCAUGCAUGCAUUUGUACCUGCACCAUAACUUCCUGAUGUCCAAUCUGAAAAAAAUACAAACCUGAUCAAAUAAGGCCAGGAGGUCAUCUUGUGACAACAUCUGUGUCUGCAACAAAUAGUCUAUCUAUUUUCAUGGAAGAAAAAUAACGUCCACUCUUGGUCUCGGUGGAAGCACAGAGAAUCUCACAAAUGGCACGAUGCAACGACUCCAAACUCAAAGUAUGCGCUAAUUAAAAAUGUCAGUUGUCAGGCAAUCAAUGUCACAUACAUAUAAGAACAUAUUUUGUUUAUGCGCACUUAGGGCAAAACAGUAUGUAGUAGAUUUUCACCACUAUGCUUUAUUUCACCAAGAAUAUACAAUUGUGAAGUAUCAAAAAAAAAAGAAAGCUGUACAGAGUAGUCUGUACUAUUAUUCUAAAUGUGACCUAUCUUCAUUGAGAGAAUCUGAAAGCAAAUACAGGCAACAACAUGCAGAAGCAUCUCAUAGAGAGAAGAUUUUAGUUAGGAGACUUGCUUCUAAAGAACAAGAAUUACAAGAAUAUAUUAAUCAAAUUGCCGAAAUGAAAGCUGCUCAUGCUCCGUCCGCUGUGGCAUUAAGAUCUGCUCUACUAGAUCCUGCUGUUAAUAUUUUAAUUCAGAAAUUAAGACAAGAACUUGUUACAACUAAAGCUAAAUUAGAGGACACUCAGAAUGAACUUAGUGCCUGGAAAUUUACACCCGAUAGCAAUACAGGUAAAAGAUUAAUGGCAAAAUGUAGAUUAUUAUAUCAAGAAAAUGAAGAAUUAGGUCGUAUGAUUGCUAGUGGACGAAUUGCUAAAUUAGAAGGAGAUCUUGCACUUCAAAGAAGUUUUAGUGAAGAAAUGAAAAAAUCACAAUCAGAAUUGGAUGAAUUUUUACAAGAUUUAGAUGAAGAUGUUGAAGGAAUGCAGAGCACAAUUUAUUUCUUACAACAAGAAUUACGUAAAGCUCGUGAAUCAGUAACAUUAUUACAACAAGAAAAUGCAGCAUUGAAAGCAAAUUCAAGUGAAAAUAAUUUAACAAAUGGUUUGUCUCCUCAUACACCACCAAUUAAAAAAGAGGAAUCAGAGGAAAAUUCAAUUCCAGAAACAAAGACUUUAAAAUCUAUAGAAGAUAGUGAUGUGUGCAAAGGUGCUAGGACUCCACCGUUGUCAUCGCAACGAUCGCCUUGUGAGUUUUCAAAUACUGAAAGAACAGAACGGAUUGAACGAAAACCUAAUCAAGCGGAUCAUAAUGAUGAAAGCUCAAGUGAUUCAGCUGCUUUGAUAAUUAAAGUUGAAAAUGAGGAAUUAAGUGAUAGGGAAGAAGAACACGAAGAAAAUCGAAAUAAUAAAAGGAUAUUACGAAGCAAAAGUCAUAAUAGAAAUAACAAUAAAACUAAUGGGGAAGAGAUGCUAACUAGAAUAACUAGGGGUAGGGAUAGGACCAAAAGGGACAAAAGUGCACCAGGUAGUGACGAUGAAAGGACACAUAAAAAAAAGAGAAGAGAGAGUAUUCUUUCUCUUGAUUAUAAUGAAGCUGAUGAUGAUGCGUUAGUUUUAACUAAUGGUGAGACGCUUCAAAGCGAUCCAGAAUGAACAAUUUUCUAGAACAAUUUUAUACACAAACACUUGUUAUAUACAAAUAAGGCUUAACGUGACUUAAUAUACAACAUAAGUUGAAUAUAAUAUUUCAUAUUUAAAAGUUAUAAUACAUUCACAUCACGAUAAAUAUUUCUAAUAAUUUUAUAUAAUUUUUCGUAAUAUAAAUUUGUAAAUAUAUUUCAUAUUUGGAUAUUUUGAAGUCACGUUAAUGCCGAAAAAAUUGCACUUGAUUACAUAUGAUAAUAUGUUCACAAAAUAAUGUGGCGUUGGAAUAAAGGGGUAGAUAGUUAAAACUAUAUUUCUUUUUUCUUGCAAUGAAAUCGCAUUAAAUUCUUCAAUAAGUAUUCGUUAUAAAAAAAUGCUUCAAUGUUUUUAAUGGCUUUUUUUGUAAAUUCAUUAAAACAUUGAUAGUAACUCAUCUUGUUAGAUUUUUUAAAACAAUUAUAAGGAAUAUAAAUAACAAUAAAGUAAUAAUUAGGGCUAUGCCUUUUCUUUAUUAUGUAAAUACACAAAUGUUAAUAUCUGGUACACGACGACGCACAUACAUAGAUUUAUAUAUGAUUAUGUGCGCAAUAAUUUGUAUGUAUGUACUAUUUUUUUUCAUUGUGAGACAUGCGUGUCAAAAUUCGUUAUUACAUAAAAUGUGCUUUUAAUUAUGUAUAAUAAAAUUGAGGUCUAUUUGUUAGAUUUAUUAAAUACCUGUAAAUUAUAUGAAAUAUAAAACAACAUUAAUUUCAG